UUAUUGAACCAACAACACCAAAUUAGUAACAAGAAGGUGGUGUUAAAGGGGCAUGACAAACAGUACAUCGUCAUCAAAAAAGAACGGCCAAGAUCAUCCUGUUGAAAUUAGUGGACCCAUACCCAAAUCACAGAGAAUCAAAAUGAGCAAAACUGAAGAGAACACUGAAAAGAAGAUUUUGAAUAAGAAGCUCAAAGAUGUUGAGAUUAGCGUUCCAAUAGUUUACGGCAACAUAGCAUUCUGGCUUGGCAAAAAGGCAAACGAGUAUCAAUCUCAUAAGUGGACUGUCUAUGUACGUGGAGCCACAAAUGAGGAUCUUGGUGUAGUCAUAAAACGAGCUGUUUUUCAGCUUCAUUCUAGCUUCAAUAAUCCUACAAGAGUCAUCGAGACACCACCUUUUGAGUUAUCAGAAGCAGGCUGGGGUGAAUUUGAGAUUGCCAUUACUCUGUAUUUCCACAGUGAUGUUUGUGAUAAGCCUUUGAACUUAUAUCAUCACUUGAAGUUGUACCCAGAAGAUGAAUCUGGCUCUUUGUCAAUGAAGAAGCCAGUUGUUGUAGAAUCAUACGAUGAGAUUGUAUUCCCUGAGCCUUCAGAAGGUUUAUUAGCUCGCAUACAGAGUCAUCCAGCUGUAAACUUGCCCAGAUUACCUGCUGGUUUUACUUUGCCUCCUCCUGUGCCAGUUGAAGAUACAAGUAAAAGGAAGAGAGGUGACACUAAAGAUCAUCCUCUAUCCCAGUGGUUUAUGAAUUUCUCUGAAGCAGAUGAGCUACUACAGCUUGCAGCAGCUCGUCAGCAGGUGCAAGCUCAUAUAGCAAAACUCCGACGACAGAUAAGCUUGAUAGAUGGGCAGAAUCAACAGUUGAAAUCUCCCUCCGACCAGUGACUUUACUUAUGCAGAGUUUUGAGAUUUCUACUUCACAUUGGCUUAGGCUGAAGAACACAGUGGCAUAGGCAUGUAGCAAUGAUCCUUAUUUUCUCAGCAGAGGGUAGUUUUGUACACACCCGCCACCCCCCCUCCCUCCCCCCCUUCUUUUUUUUUUUUUCUUACCAUCUUCCCAAUUUUUGUGCUUAUACAUGAAAAUAUAGUUCGGUAUCAAUUAACAAAAAUGAUGUAUCAAUUGAUUAAAUUUUAUUAAGAAUUAAGUUUACUCCAGAUAUCUGUUGUCUGCA